GUGGCUCUGCGUUUCCAGCGAUUCUCCAUCCGUCCAUCCAUUCAUCCAUCCAUCCAUCCGUCCGUCCGUCCGUCCGUCUCGGCGCCGAUGCCCGCCUGAAGGGCAGAGCCAUCAUGUACCUCCUGGACAGCAGCGAGCCGCCGGCCGCCGCCUCCUCCCCCGAGAGGAUGCAGCGGGGCACCCCGCAGAGGAAGACGGUGUACCGCAUCUCCGUGACCAUGGUGAAGAAGGAGCUGCUGGGGCCCGAGAGCGGCCGCGCCGGCCCCGAGCUGCCCCGGCGCGGGCGGAGCCGCCCGCCGGGCUCCUCCAGCCUCACCAGGGCCGGGCUGCUGCUGCUGGAGGAGGAGGAGGGCGAGGAGGAAGGCGAGGAGCGGGACAGGGUGCCCAGCCCCUGCGGCUUGCGCACCUUCCGGACGCUGAGCACGGGGCAGCUGGAGCUGGGCCGCCUCAAGGUGCCCCGGAGAGCGGCACCCAGCGCCGGGCCCGGAGCGGCCGCGGCCGCCGCAUCCCCGCCCGGGCAGCAGGAGACGGACGAGGCCGGGGGGCCCGGGGAGGAGCCGGGCCCGGCGGAGCGGGGCCACAGCCCGCGGCGGCACUCGGGGCUGCUGCGGCGCAGCUUCAGCUUCAGGCACUGGAGCGGCGGCGUUGCGGAGCCGGCCCGGGUGCGGCGGCACAGCAGCUCCGGCUGCCUGCCCGGGCCGCCGCCGCCGCCCUCGCCGCCCGCCGCGCUGCCCGCAGAGCCCCCCGAGAAGCGCAACACGCUGGACGUGGGCGAGGUGCUGAGCCAGGCCGAGCCGCUGUCCCGGCUGGAGCGCUGGGAGCGCAGCAAGAGCAAGAACCGGACCCUGGAUAACAGCGACCUGCAGCGGCUCUCGGAGCGCCUCGGCCGGGAGGGCCCCGCCGGCGGCAGCGAGCACCGCCUGCUGCGCUUCUUCAGCGGCAUCUUCGCCCGCAGGGACGGGCCCGCCGCCCUCUUCGGCAGCCCCCACGGGCGCUCCCCCCGCAGCAGCUUCUCCAGGUCCAGGGCUUAUUUCAGCAGCCUCAGGAGAGCCGCCGUGGAGAUGCAGUCCAGCUCCGAGAGCAUCAAUGGGUCUCCCCAGAAAGAUGCCUUUGUGAACAGCCAGGAAUGGACCCUGAGCCGCUCUGUGCCCGAGCUGAAAGUGGGGAUCGUGGGGAACCUGGCGAGCGGGAAGUCGGCGCUGGUGCACCGCUACCUGACCGGCACCUAUGUCCAGGAGGAGUCACCCGAAGAUAUGGAUGCAGGUGGGAGAUUCAAGAAGGAGAUAGUGGUUGAUGGCCAGAGCUACCUGCUGCUGAUCAGAGAUGAAGGAGGCCCUCCAGAGGCACAGUUUGCCAUGUGGGUGGAUGCUGUCAUCUUUGUGUUCAGCUUGGAGGAUGAGGUCAGCUUCCAGACCGUUUACCACUACUACAGCCGCAUGGCCAACUACCGCAACACCAGCGAGAUCCCCAUGGUGCUGGUGGGCACCCAGGAUGCCAUCAGCUCCACCAACCCCCGUGUCAUCGACGAUGCCAGGGCCAGGAAGCUGUCCAACGACCUCAAGAGAUGCACUUACUACGAGACCUGCGCCACCUACGGGCUCAACGUGGAGAGAGUCUUCCAUGACGUGGCCCAGAAGAUCGUUUCCACCAAGAAGAAGCAGCAGCUCUCCAUCGGACCCUGCAAGUCUCUGCCCAACUCUCCGAGCCACUCCUCCGUGUGUUCUGCCCAGGUUUCUGCCGUGCAUAUCAGCCAGACCAGUAAUGGAGGAGGGAGUUUAAGUGAUUAUUCCUCCUCUGUCCCAUCAACUCCAAGCACCAGCCAGAAGGAGCUGCGGAUCGACGUUCCUCCCACUGCCAACACUCCAACUCCUGUGCGCAAACAGUCCAAGCGCCGCUCCAACCUCUUCACGUCUCGGAAAGGGAGUGACCCAGACAAAGAGAAGAAGGUCCUGGAGAGCAGAACAGACAGCAUUGGAAGCGGCCGUGCAAUCCCAAUUAAACAGGGGAUGCUGCUGAAGCGGAGUGGCAAGUCCCUGAACAAGGAGUGGAAGAAGAAGUACGUGACACUGUGUGACAACGGCGUGCUGACCUACCACCCCAGCCUGCACGAUUACAUGCAGAAUGUCCAUGGCAAAGAGAUUGACUUGCUGAGAACCACUGUGAAGGUCCCUGGCAAGAGGCCACCCCGAGCCACCUCAGCCUGUGCCCCCAUCUCCAGCCCCAAAACCAACGGCCUCUCCAAAGACAUGAGCAGUUUACACAUCUCGCCAAAUUCAGGGAACGUGACUACUAGCACAUCUGUGUCUCAGAUGGCCAGUGGGAUCAGUCUGGUGUCCUUCAACAGCCGCCCGGACGGUUUGCACCAGCGCUCCUACUCGGUCUCCAGUGCAGAUCAGUGGAGCGAGGCCACAGUCAUUGCCAACUCUGGCAUUAGCAGUGACACGGGCCUGGGAGAUUCAGUGUGCUCCAGCCCCAGCAUCUCCAGCACCACCAGCCCCAAGCUGGACCCCCCUCCUUCCCCCCACGCCAACAGAAAGAAGCACCGCCGGAAGAAAAGCACAAGCAACUUCAAAGCUGACGGCAUCUCGGGCACGGCUGAGGCCAAACGCAAAGCUUGGAAACUAAACCGUGUUGGUAGCCUGCGAAAUAUUUACAGCAGCAGCAGCACCAACACCGAAGAGCAAGAAGAGAACUUUGAGUUUAUCAUUGUCUCUCUCACGGGCCAGACUUGGCACUUUGAAGCAACCACCUACGAAGAGAGGGACGCGUGGGUCCAAGCCAUAGAGAGCCAGAUCCUGGCCAGUUUACAGUCCUGUGAGAGCAGCAAGAACAAGUCGCGCCUGACCAGCCAGAACGAGGCCAUGGCCCUGCAGUCCAUCAGGAACAUCAGAGGCAACUCCCACUGCGUGGACUGCGAGGCUCAGAACCCCGACUGGGCCAGCCUCAACCUGGGAGCCCUCAUCUGCAUCGAAUGCUCAGGUAUCCACCGCAACCUCGGCACGCACCUGUCCCGCGUGCGCUCCCUGGACCUGGACGACUGGCCCAUCGAGCUCAUCAAGGUCAUGUCAGCCAUUGGCAACGAGCUGGCCAACAGCGUGUGGGAGGAGAACAGCCAAGGCCACGUGAAGCCUUCCCCAGACUCCACCAGGGAAGAAAAAGAGCUCUGGAUACGCGCCAAGUAUGAGCAGAAGCUCUUCCUCGCCCCUCUGCAGUGCCUGGAGCUCUCUCUGGGCCAGCACCUCCUGAGGGCCACGGCCGAGGAGGACUUGAGGACGGUGAUCCUGCUGCUGGCCCACGGCACGCGCGACGAGGUCAACGAGACCUGCGGCGACGGCGACGGGCGCACGGCCCUGCACCUGGCCUGCCGCAAGGGCAACGUGGUGCUGCUGCAGCUCCUCAUCUGGUACGGCGUGGACGUGAUGGCGCGCGACGCCCACGGGAACACGGCGCUGGCCUACGCCCGCCAGGCCUCCAGCCAGGAGUGCAUCGACGUGCUGCUGCAGUACGGCUGCCCCGACGAGCGCUUCGCCCUCAUGGCCACCCCAAACCUGUCCAGGAAGAACAACAACCGCAACAACAGUGGCGGGAGGAUGCCCACCAUCAUCUGAGGGGAGCGCCUUGGCUGAGCCCGGCGGCGGCCGCAGCCUCACAUUCCUCCAUCGCCAUCGCAGCUCCGCUCUGUGAGUCCGCUGCCUCUCCUCCUCCUCCUCCCUUUUCCCUGCGUCCAUCCCGAGUGCCAGCGGAGCGCGGGGGGCCCGGGAGGAGCGCGGGGGCUGCGGGCAGGCCCUGGGUUUGGGGGCCAUGCCGGGCAGGCCCUGGGUUUGGGGGCCGUGCCGGGUGGCACCGGCACCGCGGGGAGAGGCGAGCCGGAGCGGAAGGAAGGAAAGAAAGAAGGAGAGAAGGAAGGAGAGACGGUGACUUUCCCUAAGUGACAGUGAAGCACAUCAGAACAUUUCACCUCUGCGGCGCCUGGAUUUCCAUUCUCUUCUCCCGAAGAGCUUGACGGCAUAAAUCAGAAGCAAGCACAGAGUUUGUCAGGUUUGAAGCUCCUAUGAUGGUAUGUGUCAAAUCAGUUGUAGCUAAUCUGUCCGGGGAGAAUACUGGCUUCAUUACACUUGUAUAGUUGAGUUCUUCCAGCAUUACUGCUGUUUAAUAGAACAUGAUUAGUCAUCACGGAGAAAAAAGCAUAUUAGCUGAGGAGGUAGUUACAUGGCACGCUUCGGUGAUUGCUUGGAUGUGAUUGCAAUAUUCUUAGAAGCAUCAUAUUAUCUCAGACAUGUUCUUUCGAGCCCUUGGAGCCCUCCUUUCUAAAUUCACUGUCAUAAUUUAGUAUCUGUUUAAUUUUUCAGUCCAAAGAGAGGAAAUGAGUUGCUGAGUGUUAUUUGACUGCAGUCUCCUUGGUGUAAAAACAAAAUGGAAAAAAUAAAUAAGGGUAAGCCUGAAACACAAAAAGGAAUAAUGAAUACCGCUGUGGAAAACAACAUUUCAAGUACGUUUGGUGAAAUUAAUAAAUGCAUUAAAGGCUAAUUUUUUUUUUAAUUUUUUUUUAUGUUUUCAGCCAGCAGAAAUAGGUUCUGUCAUUUUGCCAAGGUAAAUUGUGUUGAGUUUUUUGGUCACUCCUGUGAUGCAUUGCCUAACUUAUACAGAUUUUUGUAUUGUGUCUCUAGAUUCUAUGUAUUUAAAAUCUAUUUGAAUAAAAAAAAGGACCGUAAAUAUACAUUGAUUUUUUUUUGUACAGAAAAUUACAUCUCUGUUAAUUUAUAAACUGUAAUGGAUGUGAACUAAAUAAUGUGCAACUAGUUAGGAUCUGUGGGUUACAGAUCAUUAUUGUACAUUGAUAAUAUUCCCAGCAGUGAACACUUCUUUCCAAAGCCUGUGAGGAACAACAUAUCAGAAGGAGAUCAGGGAAGGAAAAAAAAGCAUUUAGGAAGGAGAAAAGAGGCUGUUCCUCAGCACUGUAAAUAUAUUUUACUCCAGAAGUCAGGAAGCUUUCAGAAGCCAAGACAAAAAGGCCCAUUCUGGCUGGGGGAAGAUCAGAUUUGAUUAAGUUCAGAAUUGAUAGCCUUCAGCACGGCGGGCAGGGCUGCUUUUGGCUAGAAAAAUGGCUUGUGCAAGUGCCCUGGACAGUUCCUUUCAAUUCCAACUUUUAAUACCUGAUUGGGCCAUUUUGGUCUUGCAUCCCAGCUUCCCCUGCCUCCCACUAGCAGCAUUCUGGCGUGGGGAAGCAGAGGUUUUGGCAGGCAGAAAAGUGAUUUUUUUGUUGUUUUUCUUUAGAAGUGGCUUAUGGCAGUGUGGGGAUGGGGGCAUGGUUUAUCAUGGGGAAAGUUGAAAACUCAACUGAAUUGGAUGUCAAAGGAACAAUUAUGUGAAGGCAGAGAGGUGCACACAGCAGGGCAAUUUGCAGAUCUACCUGCUGCUGUGUAUUUCCCAAGCCUUUGGUGGUGCUCUUCCUUGGGGCUCUGGGUUUCACUCAGCACACAAAUGGGAGGAGCAGUUGCUGAAUAAACUGAAUGUGGAAAAAAUGCAAAGGAAGAAAUGCCAUGUGGUUAUCUUAAGGAAAACCAAAAAAAUGAAAAAUUAUGGAUUUGAGGCAAAAUUGUGGCUGAAAAACGAGCCUUGAGGUGGCAGCACAGGGAUAUUGACCAGCUUCUCCUCUUUGGUGGUGUUGUCCUUUUAUACUUUGUUGUAUUCUAGACCUUUGAGUAUCUGGGGGAGGGAAUCUUUCUCCAGCCAGCCAAGGCUGACUGCACCAGACACAGCUGAUUCCCUUCCCCCUGGGAUACUUCUAAAUAUUUGAAUUUAUUUUUUUUUUUUUAAAUUCAGAAAAGGUGUCUGUCUGAACUGCCAUUUCUCCACCAUUCCUGACAUUUGGUACUCGGAGGUGGUCCCUCAGGGAGGGGACAGCCCAGCUGAUGUGGGAUGCUGUGAAACCCCCUCUGUGUGCUGGUGCUCAGGAGCUUUGCCACAGCAGGGAUUCAGGAAUGGCAAUCCCAGAGGUGCUAGAGCUCCCCCCAGGAGCAUCCAGGGCAUUUGUAUCCCAAAAAACCAAGUCCAGUGUUUCAAACCCAGGGUUCAAAGUGCACAUUCCUUUUCAGAGCUGGUUUUUUUUUUUUUUUUCCUUAAUUGAGAUGAUUUUCUGUACAUUGUUUAAUGCUCUCUUUGGGCCACCUUCCUCUGACAAGGCUGAGGGUGAUGCUUGAGAAACAAGGGCAACCAGGCAGAUUGCAGGAGGACAAAUUUCAUGGUCCUUUCCUAAAAAUCUUCUGAGGCCAACCCUUGAAAAAGCACAGAAUAUUUUUAGGAGAGGAAAUUCCAGUCUAUUACAGGAAAAAUUAUGCAUCCAGGCAAGCCAAGUGCUGCUUUAAUUAAGUGGUAGCAUGGUUGCUUUUAACCUAAAUGUGGUUUUCCCCUAAGUGUUGGCAUAACUGUGUUGAAGCAGUGUGGAUGUGGGGUCUGUGGGGAGAAUUCCCAGCCCUGCAGGUGGCAGAGCUCCCUUGGAAGGUCAGGAGAUCCCAGAAUAUCCUGAGCUGGAAGGGACCUGCUGGCUGAGGGAGCCAGGGCUGUUGUCACCAAGUCACUCCUGGCAGGGAGUGCAGGAAGCUCUCCUUGGCUGGAUCCUGGUGGGGCUUGGCUUGGAGAGCUCCCAGGCUUGUCAGGGGAUGUGUUUGCACUUUGCAGAGGCUGCUCCCGGAGCCAUCCAGGGGCAGAAUCAGGCAAGGCCCCCUGGCACUUGGAGAUUCCACAGGAAUCAUGGUUCCCGAUGCUUUCACUCCAUUCUCCCGCUCCUUGGCUCAUUGUUUAGCCACUCUUGUUGCUUGUUUGGAACCCUCACACCUUUGGAGCAUGUUGGGAACAAAACAAGCCCUAGCUGUGACCCAGUCCAUGAGAAAUCCCAGCAGAAACCUGGCAGCCAGAGCUGUUUCCUCUGGAGGCUGUGGCAGUGGUUGGCAUUGCACCCCCAAACCCUUCCCCUCGCCCCAGAUUCCUUGCAAUCCCCCUUCCUCUGCACUUUAUCCAUGACUAAAACACUAGGAGCAGCUCAGCCACUGGUGUUUCCAUAUUUCCUCCUCCCUUUGGCUAAUUGCUGUGGAAUUCAGUUGGAUGUGUCACAGCUGAGCCUGGAUAUUGCCAGGACAGUUCCCUUCUUUCUCCUUGCUCUUCAUGAAGGAAAAAGACCCAACCAUGGGAAAAUUCUGCCCUGAAUGCAGAGGUUUGGCCAAGGGCUCCCAUUGCCAGAUUUCCAAUUUUGGUGGUUAAAAAAAGGAGCAGGGGAAAGAAAGGAAAGCUUGGAGAACCUUGUUGCUGCUGGGAAAGCCGGGUGAGCUCCUGGAAGGUGGAGAGGAUUUUGAAGCAUUUGGGUGCAGUGUAAAAUAACUGUGUAAACAUUGUUUAAUUCACUGUCUUGUCCCCCUUCCCUUAAAUUAUGUGUGUUAGUGCAAGAAGAAGCUUUAGCUGCACUUGGAGAUUUGCCUGGGCCAGAGAAGGCAGAGUCAUGUGGGGAGAGGAGCGGAGGUGGGAGCGCAGGUCCGGGUGUGGAAGUGAUCUCCGGCACUGUAAUGUAGAAAAAUUAGAGUCUAUGGGGUUGGAAUAGCUUCAGCUUUUAUAUUUGUAUGGAGAUCGGGAGAAAUGAAGUAAUUUGUAGUUUCUAGUUCAGAGUAGUGGUAGUGGAGACAAGCACAGAUUUCACAAGGGGGUCCCCAAGGGGCCCUUCCCAAACGUCUCGGGGAGCCGCCUUUGCACCUUAACAGGGAUGGUUUGUGGGGUUUGUUGUUGGUGAAAUGGUCAUUUCAUGUUUGGUUACGUGGUUCUUGUCAGAGGGGGGACUCGAGGGCAGCGUUGGGGACCAAACUUUGGGGCAGCUUGGCUGGAGAGGAGACAACUUCCUCAUCCUCAUCUCACUGUCAGGCAUCUUCCUUCCCCCUUAGGGGGCUGCUGCAGCAAUCCCGUCCUUAGGUGGGAUCUCUGCCUGUGGAGCCUCAGUUCCACACCUUCCAUUCUGGAUGGUUUGUGGGUAAAAUUGACUGCACAGAAAAGCCAGGUUUGGAUAUUCUUGUGUUUGCUGCACAAGAGGGAAAAAAACCCAAAACUGCUCCAGAGUAAAGUUCUUUUCAAGGCAAAAAAGAAACACUGAACUACCCCAAAUCAAGAGGUUCUGCAGUGAGUUUUGAGUUCUAAGCUACCAAAAGAAAAGGAAGGUUGGCUUGAACGGUUUUAUUGGAAAAUAAUAAUAGAGGUCGUAGAGCAAAACAUCCAGAGCUGUAGAUGGGUGGAUUUGUUGGUUUAGGAUAUUUGUAGGUUUUGCUUUGUUGUUUAGCAUGGGCCAGUUUUUACAGUAAAUAUUGGGACAGUUUACCUUGACUUGAUUGAGUCUGUCCCACAUUUUAAAGGGAGUUUUGAGGGCUUUUGGCCAGGAUUGUCAGGAGCUGUGAAUAGUUCACGUUUAGAGAGGGGAAUUGCAUGAUUUCUGAAAAGUAAAAGGUCAGUCUGGGGUUUUUUUAGGGCCAUCUUCAGCCCCAAAUUGCCAAGCAUGUUUCUGGCCCCAUGUUUCAUUUCAGGGUGACAGCAGGAUGUGGGUGAAUGAACUCCCAUCGUUUCCUACCAUGUUCAAGGGGGAGGAUUUUGCUUGUGGGUGGAUAAAAUAAAGCUGUCUUUGUGCAUUUCAGCAGUUUUAACCUCUUCAUCUCCCCGUGCCUGCCUGCACCCCAAACCCCUGUGGCACAUUGGGUUCUGUGGGCAGGCAGAGCCUCAGCUUCCCCUCAGCCAUGGAUUUUCUGGAUGUGGUUUAUUUUAGCUUCCAGUGCUAGGGCCCGGCUGUUUUGCAGUGCUUCAGAGCUACUCAUUUUCCCAUCUGUGUGUUGUGUACAGGGUGUGAGGGGGGUGGGUGGGGGGCACCUCAGAGGUCUCAUGGCAUGCCUUGGGGAUGGUGGCACCUUGCUUGCUGGCACUGAAUGCUCCCUGCUCCUCCCCUCUUUCCAGAACUGAUCCGUGUGGGGGUUUUGUGCUUCCUGAAGUAGCUGAAAACACUUCCCUGGUGUUCAGGAAUUGCAGGGCACGAGGAGGAAAACCCCUCACAGAGGGAGUUUAUCCACAUCUCCUCUGUGCCCCAAAGCCCAGACUCCUCCUGCAGGGCCCAAGAAGGGUUUUUGUGCUGAAUGCGGGGAUUUGGCAUCUGCAUCCCAAAUGUAGGGGUUGAGCUGAGUUGAACUGGUGGGUGAGGUGCAGCCCGGGUGUCCUGAGCCCUCAGGUGUCACCUGGAGGUCACUUUGCACUUGCUGUGUGUGUGUGAUGGUGUCACAGAGCUGUCAGGGACUGUGGGAAUGCCCUAAUCACCGCCAGGAGCAGGAGCCAGCCUCUGGAUGGGAAUUUAUCCCAGCUGGAGUCACACCAGACACUGGCUGGAAGGAUGGAGAGGUGCAGGGAGAUGAGCUCCAGGCUUGCUGCAGCCUCAGGGGUUUUCCAAAAAUCCAACUCCCUCAGGCAGCAGCACUCAGCUUGAGAAAGCCUUGAGCUUGGCCUGCAGGGCUGGCGGGGAGACAUCCUGCCUUGCUGGAGAGGGGAAAUCCCUCUGGCCAGCCCUAGGGGUGGGAAGCUCCAGGGAAGGAGAUCCUGAAGGUAGAAGGGACAGAGUGGCAUUCCAGAGGCUCUUUUAAAUACCAGUUUGCUUGAGACCCAUCUUUCUGGCUGAACCUGGCUGUGGGACCAGUGAGCUGUCAGGGAUUGAGCAGCACUCAGGGUCCUGCUCCCUUGUGGGGCUGUUGGGGAGAUGUUUCCAAGGGAGAUGUUCUAAGAGCUGUCUCCAGCUCCUCAUCCCUCCCUCCAGGUGUCCUUGGCCAUGACUGGCUCCAGAAUUUUGCAGUGGGGGUGUCACAAACCUGGGGUGCCGCAGGCUGGGAGGAGCUGAGCCAGCCUUGCUGCCACCACCUCUGCCCUGGCUGUGCUUCCUUGUCCUUCCACAGGGAGAGGGCAGGAAGGAGCUGUGGGGAAAAAUUAGAGGAUCUUGGAAACAAUGGGAGGAUCUUGCCUUUCCCGCUCCUUCAGUUCCUUGGAAGUGCUGUUGAAACCCCCGUCCAGUGUUUUUUCCUGAGGUAAGCAGGGGCUCAGCUGGAUUCUCCAUGGAAUCUGCUGAGGAGAAGAGGAUGUGCCCAUCCUGUGCUAGUCCCAGGUUCCCUCUUGCUGUGUCACUGUCAGGAGCCCCUUUCACUGGUGGCUGCAUGUGGGUGCACAGGCUGAGGGGGCUUUGGGGCAGGAGUGUCCCCCAAAACACCAGGGACUCCUUUGGUGAUGUUCCUGACUCUUGGAACGGCCAAGGGCUCGGAUCUGCAGCUCCUGCUGCCUUAAAACCCCCGGGCUUCAGCAGGAUUUGAGCAUCUCCCAAAAGCUUGGCCCAGCCCUGAGCAGCAGAUUUUGUGUUCAGCCCCCAAAUCCUCCAGGUCCUUCUGCUUUGUGGUGUUUGUCUGUCCAGCUGAGUAGGGAGGGAGCCCAGGUGAGCAGGGGACGCCUGCCUGCGGUAGAGGCAGGAGGUACCCGGCACAUGGCAGGCUUCAUAGCAAGGUUUGGGUUGUUGGGGUUUGGGUUUAUUUUUGUUUGUUUUCUGUUUCUGUAAAUAAUAAUGUAUAAAUGAUGAUGAGACAGUGUGGAAAUUCUAAAAAAAAAAAAGAAAAAAAGGCAAAAAAAAAAAGGUCUUUUGUUGUUGUUUUUAUAUUACCUCAUCCAGCAAGUUUGUUUUACAAUGACUCGAUGAUGCUUUAUUUAUAUUGUUUGUACUGUAAUUAAACCAAUUGACAAACAUUUCACUUUGCUUGUUGUUUCCUAUUAUUUGGGUUUGAUUAAGUAUGCCAGUUUGUAUUAUGUUCCCCCUUCCUCUCUCUCUCUCUCUCUACACGUCGAGAUUUUUUGUGUCAGCUGUACAGUAUUCUGAAUAAUUAAAAAUAAAAGUAAAAAUUAAAAAAAAGGAACAAAAAAGCUGUAAAGUACUGCAGAGAGAGGCUGCUAUAUUGUAUAGGUCUCUUUCUAAUAAAGACAAGAAAACUUGUUGGUUGCA